UUCAUCCUUUUUUCUAAUAGAGUAAUUUUUCAGACCUAACUGAAAUACAUGAUAAGAAAUCCAGCAGCGAAAUGCAAGAGCAUUCAAGCAAACCGAAUAAUCCGCCGCCGGUAGUGAAUGAGGUGGUCAGGCCACCCACAGGUUAGUAAGAAAAAUCAGAGGCAAAACUAAAGGGUGCAAAACCGGCUACCCUCGAAAUGAUAACGGACACGUGUCCAGUUCCUCGAUCCGUAAAACCCUCGCUAUAAUCCAUAAAUCCUGUCUGCGCUUUUCCGUUAAAGCCCUCUCUCUCUCUCUCUCCUCUCUCUUCGUCAGUCCCACCCUUGUGAGUUAUGGGCAAUCCAUUUCGCUUUCUGUGACACCCUUUUUCUCGCCCAUCUCAUUCUCAGCGCCUCCAUAUUCUCCAAACCUCUCUAUAUUACUAUUGGCCGUGAAAUCUCUUUCGUCUUCUUCAAUCUACGCCGUUGAUUUUGACGACGACGAUGAUGAUCAAGUGUUGAAGACGAUGAUGAGUUCCCAUGACGAUCCGCCUCCGACUCUGUGGCGAAGAUGAGCUUAGGAACAGCCGAGGACGAUUCGGCUUCGGAGAUUCACAUCCCGGCAGAUAUAGAUUGGCACAUGCUUGACAAGUCCAAGUUUUUCUUCCUUGGAGCUGCUCUGUUUUCCGGUGUUUCCGCAGCUCUGUAUCCGGUCGUCGUCCUAAAGACCCGCCAACAGGUCUCUCCAACGCCGAUUUCCUGCUUCAAGAUGUCGUUCGCGAUCAUGCGGCACGAGGGCUUCCGGGGGUUCUACAGAGGUUUUGGUACUUCCUUGAUGGGAACCAUCCCGGCCCGUGCUCUUUACAUGACGGCCCUUGAGGUUACCAAAAGCAGCGUUGGCACGGUGACACUUAAAUUGGGCUACUCUGACACGACGGCUAUGGCGAUCGCGAAUGCUACGGCGGGGUUGAGCUCGGCCAUGGCUGCUCAAUUGGUUUGGACCCCAAUUGACGUUGUGAGCCAGAGACUGAUGGUUCAGAGUGCUUGUCACAAUAGUGUCAAAAGCAAUCUCCCUAGUGUGAGUUCUUACGAGUAUAGAAAUGGGAUUGACGCGUUCAGGAAAAUUGUCUACUCGGAUGGUUUGCGAGGGUUGUAUAGGGGAUUUGGGAUAUCCAUAUUGACUUAUGCACCGUCCAAUGCGGUUUGGUGGGCUUCUUACUCUGUGGCGCACAGGCUAAUUUGGGGUGGUUUUGGUUGCUACAUGGGAAAGAAAGACGAGAAUGGUAAUAUGGUCAAUGAUUGUGGUGGUUGUACUAAUGGUUUUAGGCCUGAUUGUAGAGCCAAUGUGGCGGUUCAAGGGCUUAGCGCGGCUAUGGCAAGUGGGGUUUCUGCUUUGAUUACCAUGCCAUUAGAUACUAUCAAGACAAGAUUGCAGGUUUUGGAUGGAGAGGAAAAUGGGCAGAGAAGGCCAUUAACUAUUGUGCAAACGGUGAGAAGUUUAGUGAAGGAAGGUGGUUUUGCCGCUUGUUACAGAGGGUUGGGGCCAAGGUGGGCUUCCAUGGCUAUGUCGGCUACAACUAUGAUCACUACCUAUGAGUUUCUCAAGCGGCUAUCUACCAAGACAAGGGAUGGCUUCUGACUUGAAACAGCCAAAGGUGAGAGUCAAGAAGAGAUGCUCUUUGUUUUUAAGUUUCAUAUCUUCAUAUGUUUUCUGCCUUUGGCUGUAUUAAGUCUCUACUUGGUUGGUUUUUAGAUUACUGUUAAAAUUCUUUUCCUUUUGCUUUUGGGGAAAGUUGCUAAUUAAGCGUUGGAGAUAAUGCGGGUUAUAAUGUAAAUAUGUAAUUUUUUUUUUCUUUUUUGCCCCUUUCUUUGAACUUCAUGUAAUAAUAGUGCUUAUGCCUUAGUUUCUCCUUCCAUACUGUUUAAUGCAUGAAUU